AUGGCCGAUCCACCUGAAUGCAAACUCACAGAGCGAGGAGCGGAGUAUGUGGGAAAACAAAACGUGACGAUGUCCGGGGUCCCCUGUCUACCUUGGCUCAUGAUCCCUUCUUCGUUCCUGUAUAAUGGGCUGAUCCUCAGGAUUCCAGAUGAAGUAGAUGGAAGACAUGGGUUUUGCCGCAACCCCGAAGUAAGGGAUUACGGCCCUUAUUGUUACACCAGCCUCGAGGGCGAAUGGGGCUAUUGUGACGUUCCAUUCUGUCCUACCCCUGACAGGGAAAAAUGCGAUGUUCGAGUCGGAGGCCAAUGUGUCAGCCCACUUGAAUGCAAGACGGACUUGAAGGGGAAGGCAUACAUUGGAACGAAGAAUGUGACCCACAAGGGGCACAAAUGCCUCCCGUGGAUGCUUGCCACAUCAUUGACGAGAGAAGAUCCUUUCUAUGGACUUCAGACUUAUGAGAUAAGUGAAGCGUAUAGUGUUAUAAUUACUGAUGCAGUAACUUUGAAUGCCUACACCAUAUUGGACGACAUGCACCCAGGGCACAAUUUCUGUCGGAACCCUACGGAAGACGAAAACGGUCCUUGGUGUUUCAAGAGCAGUGGGAAAGGACGUGAUUUUUGCGACAUCCCCACCUGCCCAUAA